UGGAUUUUUUUUUGUUCUGCACCCAUCUAAACUGUUCUCAGCUACAGAAAGUGGGCAAUAUAGCAGCAGUGUUGGGUGUAUACUUACUGUAGUUAAUGUGUAGUGUAGAGGACGAGAAGUGUGAGCGCCUGUCUUUUUUUUUGUUGCAACGCGUUGUUGCUGCUGUAGUCUACAUUGUACCGUGAUGCACUACUAAAGGCCAAUGAGGUUACUGCAAAGGUGUGUUCAGAUCCUUCUGCCUCCUCAGAGAACCGUCUUCUCCACAGAGAGUUUGUGUGGACUCUGCAAAGGUAGUGCCAGGCCCAGGCUGUACAGCAAUAGCUUACUACGAGCAUCAGUGGCAGGCAUGGCGUCUCUCCCCCAACAGAGAUACCAGUAUUUUUUAGUUUUGGAUUUUGAAGCUACGUGUGACACAACACCCAUUCAACCCCAAGAAAUUAUUGAAUUCCCAAUCUUAAAGCUGAAUGGACAGACUAUGGAGAUCGAGUCAAUAUUUCAUACCUACGUGCAGCCAGUCUAUAACCCUCAGCUCACACCCUUCUGUACACAGCUGACCGGAAUCAUUCAGUCCAUGGUUGAAGGGCAGCCCACGCUCCAACAAGCCCUGCAGAUGGUGGCUGAAUGGAUGGAUAAGGAAAAUCUGCUGAAUCCAGAUGUCAGCUCAGUUUUUGUAACCUGCGGAGACUGGGAUCUCAAAACAAUGCUGCCAGGACAAUGCCAGCAUUUAGGACUGCAGGCUCCUGAUUACUUCAAGCAGUGGAUUAAUCUCAAAAAGGAAAAUGUAGAAUGUCAUACUGAAGACUGCAAUCCGAACCAACAAUGUUCAACCGAGAAUUCUCCAGUUUGUUCACCUGUAUCCGGAAUCUCUUUCCUGAUACUAAAUGACUGUAUGUGAUGUCAGCUGUCUGAGGCAGGAGGCUUUACAGAUUAAUCAUAUUGCUGUUGCUUGGUUCUUUUCUUAGCAUGGUUGGAAAAUGGUUGGGGCAUUAAAGUGUUAAGUCCAUAGCCCCAUAGAUUUAGCCACAGGCUUCAACGUAUUGAACAAAUACAAUUUUACACUUUGGAACACAAACCAGAAUGGGUUUUUACAUCACUGCGUUAAAAUAUGCCAGUUUAGAAGCUGCUAGAUAACACAUUAAUUUUAGCGCGAACAACCUAAUAGAAACCAAGCCAACCUAUUAAAACAAGUGUCAGCUUUUGGAAGAAGAGCUCCGAGUAUACAGUGUCACUGUGGACUAAGACAGGGAACAGCGUGAGUUUGACUAGCCAGGAUCUCUGAAGCACAGAGAACCAGUUUGACACACUCUAGGAUUCAGCACCCAGCCGAGAAGGUGUUUUCAGGAAUCAGGGAUGUUUUCAAAUUACAUUUUUUUGCGCAUCAGAAUCUUUGUGUUUUUUUUUUUUUUCCAGGCUUUUCAUGUGUCAAGUGUAUUGCUUAAGAGCUUCAUGUCCUAUCCUGUACAACUUGCAAACCUACUCAAAACAUAGACUAUAUUAUGAUGUUAGAAAGAGUAAAGAGUAAAAUCCACUGCUGGAUAUACAUAUACAUAUAUGUCUGUUGAGAGAGAUUUUUAACAGAGUCAAACUCUCUGUUGCUGGCUAACAAAGUCAUAUGGACACACAUUGCUUCUUUUCAAAGUCUUGUUAACCCUAACCCUAACCAAGUGCUCUAGAUUAUUGGUCUAAAAAGAUUGUUAUUUAAAUUAAACUAACAUUAGCUAAUAAAAAACGCUCAUGGGAUCUGAGGGUAUUAACAAAUUAAAACAUGGCACCCAUAUCCAUGCAGCAUAUACGUUAACAGUUUGUCAUAAUAAAGAGUAUUUUUCUCAUGCAUAUUUACUAACAUUCAGGCGAACGGGGUACUUGUUGUUUACCAGUGGAUCUUAAUUACCUGCACUUUCUUGUAGCAAUAACAAUCUUACUUUAACACAAGAUUUGAAGCCAAAAAUCCCCCGCUCCCUGUUCCAAAACAGAAAAUAAUAAUAAUAAUGCAAUAUGAUUAGCAUAGAUUUAAUAUCACACGAUAGAUCAUUAUAUUAUUAUCCGAUGACAGAUUGUAAUUGAAAUACACUUAUUGGAGCGCAGAGUUGUGUUUCAUUCAAUCAGAGCUCCCUCUAGGGGGGGAGCGAGGGGCUAAAAAUAAUCAGCGGCAGAGGAAAUUGCAGGGAACACAAAGAAUCGUGCUGGCUGCCAAUAUCCUGAACAACUGAGAGCAACAGCAGCCGCCCCCUCAGCUCUUUGUGCCUCGGAGAGAGGGAGGGGGGAGAAAAGGAGAAAGAGGGACAAACUCCUGCAUUUCUAGCCCUUGUUUCUAAUUAAUUCAAUUUUAAGUGCUUGAAAAAGUCUGGGAGAUCUGUGUCACCCUCAAAAAUGAUUUCUACAAUUUAACCAGAGAUAAUUCAGGAUAUAUCCACUGAAAAAUAAUACAGCACUAUUUAUGAAACAUGUUAUUUCCCUGGUUUGUGAUGCUAUUGACUCCCAGGCAAAUAAGAAUACCCCCUGAACACAAAACUACAUUAGUAGAAGUGUCCAAACUUGGUUGAGUGCUUGAAGCUAUGAGUAGGCUAAGUUGAUUUCCAGGCAAUACUUUAUAAUUUG